ACGUGCGCGCACACACACACACACACACACACACACACACACACACACACACACACACACACACACACACACACACACACACACACACACCUAAACACGCACGGAUGAACGCACGCACACACGCACACAGCUGGAGAUGCGACAUGGGGCCGGCGGGUUAUUGAGGUCCGAGUAGAAAUAGAACACGAGAACUCUGUCACCCGGGAGGUGGACUGGUCUAGGAGGAGGACUCUGGACUGGGAGGUGGACUGGUCUAGGAGGAGGACUCUGGACUGGGAGGUGGACUGGUCUAGGAGGAGGACUGCUCUAGGAGGUGGACUGGUCUAGGAGGAGGACUGGUCUAGGAGGUGGACUGGUCUAGGAGGAGGACUCUGGACUGGGAGGUGGACUGGUCUAGGAGGAGGACUCUGGACUGGGAGGUGGACUGGUCUAGGAGGAGGACUGGUCUAGGAGGAGGACUGGUCUAGGAGGUGGACUGGUCUAGGAGGUGGACUGGUCUAGGAGGAGGACUCUGUCACCCGGGAGGUGGACUGGUCUAGGAGAAAGACUGGUCUAGGAGGUGGACUGGUUUCGGAGGAGGACUCUGUCACCCGGGAGGUGGACUGGUCUAGGAGAAGGACUGGUCAAGGAGGUGGACUGGUCUAGGAGGAGGACUCUGGACUGGCCGAACAGCGAUUGAUCAAAUGAACCAGGAGCUAUGAGUGGCAGGGUUAACCCUAACCCUAUGAGGGGCGUUCUGAAGAGGAGGUUUGAGGAGGUGGAGGGGUCCCCAUCCCCCCGCUCCUCCAUCAGGGAGUCCGAUGAGGAGCUGUCCUCGGAGAGCGGCGACAGCGCUGACAGCCUGAACCCGUCCGCCUUGGGACCCGUCGUCCCUGACUCCGUAUUGAAGAGGGGGAAACGCCGCCGCACCAGAAGGGUCCAUUUUGAGAAUGUAACAGUGUACUACUUUGGCCGCAGGCAGGGGUUCACCAGCGUUCCCAGUCAGGGGGGCAGCACGCUGGGUAUGUCCAGCACACACAGCUGGGUGAGGCAGUACUCGCUGGGGGAGUUCGCCCUGGAACAAGAGAGACUACAUCGGGACAUGCUCCGGAACCACCUGAAGGAGGAGAGGGUCAACUCAAUCAAACUCAAGCUGAGCCAGGGCGGCUGGGGGGAGUCGGAGGAGGCCCAGGCGCUGGCGGCGGAGGACAUCUCAGAUGAGGACCUGGACAGCACGGAGGUGGACGAGUACUUCUUCCUGCAGCCCUUGACCACAAAGAAGAGGAGGGCUCUGCUGCGCUCCUCAGGGGUCAAGAAGAUCGCCGUGGAGGAGAAGCACGAGCUGCGGGCCGUCCGCACGUCGCGGGAGGACUGCGGCUGCGACUGCAGGGCGUUCUGCGACCCUGAGACCUGCGCCUGCAGCGCGGCCGGGAUCAAGUGCCAGGUGGACCGCCUGGCUUUCCCCUGCGGCUGCACCCAGGAGGGCUGCAGCAACACCGCCGGCCGGCUGGAGUUCAGCCCCCUCCGGGUGCGGACCCACUUCCUGCACACCAUCAUGAAGCUGGAACUGGAGAAGAGCCGUGAGCAGCAGCAGCAGCCUCCCCCUGGCAACGGUUACCACGGUGAGAACGGAAUGGGCAGCGGCAGCGCCCGGGUCCAGUCUCAGCAUGGCCUGGAGUACGGCCUGUCGGAUGCCCUUCCCCAGGGCCCCCUCAUGCACCUGCAGACCCCCAGAGAGAUGGACCAGCACCUGGAGGAUGAAGAGGAGGAGGAGGAUGAUGAAGACGAGGAGGAGGAGAAUGAGGAAGAUGAGGAGGACGAAGAGGACAGCAGCAGUGUGUGCAGUGAAAUCUCCGACUCCAGCACACAGAGCUUGGCUAACAGUGACUCUGAGGAGGAUGAGGAGAACCAGGAUGAUGAAGAUGAAGAAAAGGGGGUGAUCUUCAAGAGCGGGGCCAUACCCCAUGUGUCCCCGCCGACCACCGCCUUGGGCUCCACAGAGGACUCUGGCGCUCAAGACGUGAACGGGAACAGGUGCUUGCCAGACUCGUCCCCUGGAGAGGUUCAGCUGGAGAGCUCCAGCAGCACAAAGGCCCCCAGCUCAGCCUGCCAACACCCUGACCCCCCGGAGAGAGAGCGCCCCACCUCCCAGGACCCACUGGGCAGAGUCCACACGCUGGGCGGAGUCCACACACUGGGCGGAGUCCACAAUCUGGGCGGAGUAAACAAACUGGGCGGAGUCCACACACUGGGCGGAGUCCACACACUGGGCGGAGUCAACACACUGGGCGGGGUCUACACACUCGGCGGGGUCAACACACUGGACGAAGUCAACACACUGGGCGAAGUCAACACACUGGGCGGAGUCAACACGCUGGGCGGAGUCCACACCCAGGACAGGCAGCAGGCCUCGUCCCGUGGGCUAGCGCUAGAGCGCUACAUGGAUGACCCCCAGCCGGCCGGCCAGCGCCUCACGGCUGGUCCCCAGCCCCCCCUGCCCCCCAGCCCCCCCUGAGCGCCCCCCCCCCACCCCCCCCCCCGACCGGUACCGCCGUGCUGCGGGCCACCGUGCAUCCAAACCAGACAGCAAAAUCAAGACAGAUGGAGCUUUCUCGGAUCAGCCUCAGGCACAGAAUCACAACCAGAUAGUGUUCCAAAACCCUCUGAACGAUCACGCUGGCUGUUCCUUUGGCAGCAGCAGCAGUGAUAGAAGGAGUCAUUGUUCAGGGCCUGCACAGGAAGAGACUAGGUUUAGUUGGCGUUCAGAUGAUCCCCUUGGCAGACCGUCGCCCUGAGGUCAGGGCCGUUCAGCGAGGUCCAGACCAGACUCAAGCGUCUCUUCUUGAAGCUUUCUACGAUGAGCAUGACCCACAAUGCAUCAUAAUGAGUCCACAAUAAGACGUUGAGAUGCCAAUCAUGUUGGAGUUGGGCUUCUUCCUCCACUAUGCCAUUUUGACGCCAGGAUGAGAAUGAGCACACACACGUGUUCUGCAGAGCAAUGAGUCUGGUCCUUUCAGAGUUGAAGGCCCAAUUUCAAGCCAAAAUUGAACCUUAUAUUUAAUAUAUAGAAUACGUCUACUACUUGUGUCAAAUGUGCAAAAGAAAGUUUGUUUAUGAGUUAUGCAGAGCAUCAUUUAUAUUGUACAUUAUCUUUAUAGUUAUACGCAUGCUGUCUUAAGAAUCCCAAUGGUGUUUCAGAAAAGCUGGCCAAUGUUUAUUGCGAAUACACAUAUAUAUCUAUAUCUAUAUAUACACACACAUACACAGGUAUAUUAUAUCUUAUAAUACUGUAUAUAUAAUGUUAAUUUUUCUUGUCAGUAAUCUUUUCUGUGUUUUUCUAAAGGAAUGCCACACUGCUCCCUGACUUCACUUGGUAUCUCUUUAAUACACAACAUGACGUCUAAAAUGUGGCAGGAACAUCCCAGAAGCACUCUGGAUAGCUACUGCAGCCCAUUAAGGUUCACUCACAGCUUACAGGGAACUGUACCCCCUAAAGGUUCACUCACAGCUAACAGGGAACUGUACCCCCUAAAGGUUCACUCACAGCUAACAGGGAACUGUACCCCCUAAAGGUUCACUCACAGCUAACAGGGAACUGUACCCCCUAAUGGUUCACUCACAGCUAACAGGGUACUGUACCCCCUAAAGGUUCACUCACAGCUAACAGGGUACUGUACCCCCUAAAGGUUCACUCGCAGCUAACAGGGAACUACCCCCUAAAGGUUCACUCACAGCUAACAGGGAACUGUACCCCCUAAUGGUUCACUCACAGCUAACAGGGAACUACCCCCUAAAGGUUCACUCACAGCUAACAGGGAACUACCCCCUAAAGGUUCACUCGCAGCUAACAGGGAACUGUAACCCCUAAAUGUUCACUCACAGCUAACAGGGAACUGUACCCCCUAAAGGUUCACUCACAGCUAACAGGGAACUGUACCCCAUAAAAGUUCACUCACAGCUAACAGGGAACUGUACCCCCUAAAGGUUCACUCACAGCUAACAGGGUACUGUACCCCCUAAAGAUUAUGACCACUUACAGCUAACAGGGUACUGUACCCCAUAAAGGUCAUGUCCACUAACAACUUACAGGAUACUGUACCCCCUAAAUUCCCCCUUACAGCUAACAGGGUACUGUACCCCCUGAAGGUCAUGUCCACUAACAACUAGCCCUAAAGGAUCACUAACAUCUUACAGUCAUGGACAUUUGGUGGAAAUAGGAUUAGAUGGAAACUUGAAAUAGUUGAAACAUUUCCGGGGGACCACAGCUAUUAGUGUUUUAGUAAUGGAACUGAGAACAGGUUUACACAUAUUCCACUGUUAGGACUUGUUUGUCUAUCAAUUGAGAUGAUAAUCAUGCAGGCCCAUUAAUUAGCGUUCUUCUAAUCAUUUACGAAAUGAUCAAAGAUUAAGAGGGAAAUAAAUUAGUGUUCAAUCAAAACAAUUAUAUAUUUCCCAAUAUAUGUAUAUUUUUAUGAGGUAUGAAAGAACAGGUUAGCAUAAGUGAAACCAUGACUAUAUUAAGCCUCUUACCAUAUAUUCAAUAGCCUCCGAGUUUAAAAAAAAAUCUUUCCCACACUAAUAGUUCACGAAAGCAUUGUGCUUGUUAAGCUCUUAGCCCCUGCAUUACGGAAUAUCUGCCCUGCCCUCAAUACCUUCCAAUCAUUAUCAUCAGGUAAAACUGUCUGUGCCUCGAAUGGCUCAGAGAUAAACGCACUGAAGGCUAACAUCACACUGAAGUCAACAUACCCCUAACAUCAACAUACCGUUACCAUGCCACUGAAAUCAACAUACCCCUACAUUUUGCCAAAGUAGACGAGAAGGAAGGGGUCAGGAAGAAUAGCUGCUGUGUUGGAUUGAUUAGAUAUUUAUUCAGAAUCAUGUCUAUAAUAUUAUUAUAUUUAUUGUGGCUAAACUAAAACGUCUAUGUCGAGUCCCAUUUGUUUUAUACUGGUUGUGAUUUGUAGAAUUGUCACAGGCCUAAUUUAUUUGGUUUUGAUUCAUAUUCUGUGAAACCGGAUACAUUUUGCACAAAAUGUUAUAUACAUGUUAGAAAUCUAUUUGUUUCUUAUGGUAGAUUAAAACCAAAAUCCUUCUCA